AGGCUACUGCGACUUAGAAAAACAGAAAAAGGACAUCUCUACUGAAAACUAGGAAUCCCCGGGGGACAAGUCUUGUGGCUUCCAAUCGCUUAGCACAUUUAGAAUCCGUAAGGACGCCUUCCAGCGUCCGCCAUCCUUGUGACAUCAUUGCGUCCCGCGACACCAUCCUUAGCGUAGCUCCUCGUAGCAAGAUUUCUCUUCCGGUAUUGCCUGGGAGGGCGGCCAGUGUGAUUACGAUCCCUGGGCGUGGGGUACGCCGGGAGUUGUAGUUCCAGCUGACAGUUUUAUCUAAUCUCCGGAAGUGAAGGAGUGAGAGGCUGAGCUAAACCGUCUCGGGGUAGCGGGACUUAGUGCUGAGGCACUGCUCCCGGGGCGAUCAUGAACGGGCAGGCGGACAGCGAGGUGGACUACAAGAAGAAAUACAGGAACCUGAAACGGAAGCUCAAGUUCCUCAUCUACGAACACGAGUGCUUUCAGGAGGAACUGAGGAAGGCGCAGAGGAAAUUGCUGAAGGUGUCCCGAGACAAGAGUUUCCUCCUAGACCGACUCUUGCAGUACGAGAAUGUGGAUGAAGAUUCUUCUGACUCAGAUGCUACUGCAUCUUCAGAUAACAGCGAGACAGAGGGAACACCCAAGUUGUCAGACACUCCAGCCCCCAAGAGGAAGAGAAGCCCUCCAAUGGGGGGAGCCCCCUCUCCCUCCAGCCUCUCUCUGCCUCCUUCAACAGGGUUUCCCCUUCAGGCCCCCGGAGCCCCCUCCCCAUACCUGAGCUCGCUGGCUUCCCCCCCCUACCCCCCAUUCCCUUCUGACUACCUGGCCCUGCAGCUGCCCGAGCCCAGCCCCCUGAGGCCCAAGCGGGAGAAACGGCCCCGCCUGCCCCGGAAACUGAAGAGAGCUCACUCUGGCUGCAGUGUGAAGGAGGAGCCGGAUCUGGGACAGGCUGAAGGCAGGGAAUCCCGUUAGGAGGCUGGUACAGUAGCCCAGAUGACGGUGGGACCCCCCGACUGCCCUGUGGGAGGGCCGCUGACCUUCCCCAGCCGUGGUUCUGCGGCUGGAGUGGGGGCAACCCUGGCCCCACUGCCACCCCCUAAGAUGCCCCCUCCCACAAUCCUGAGUGCAGUCCCUCGGCAGAUGUUCAGCGACGCAGGCAGCGGGGAUGACGCCCUGGAUGGUGAUGAUGACCUGGUGAUCGACAUCCCGGAGUGACCCCCACCCCCGCCCGAGCCCCUGUCCAACGCCUCCUGUGCCAACACACAUGAGCCCCGAGCUUCCACAGAGACGUUUAUUGAUGCCCAGUUGCCAUGCUGCGGCCACUGACACAAUCGGAAAAGGUGUAAACAUGCACAAAAGUCCCCUGGAAGGGGGACCUCACCAGGGCAGGGGUCUGCCCUCACAUCCUGGCCCCAACGUGGGGGCAGGUGUUUUAAAUGACUGGCUGGGAAUACCUGCCACUUCCGGGAGGGGCGGAGACCCUGCGGUGUGCCCCCACGCUCCCCCCCACCUUUUUAAAAGGGCAGCUGUACAGGGCUAGGUGUUGUGUUAUGUUUUGUUUUGUUUUUUAAACAAAGAUUCUUUAUUAAAUGAGUGGCUCUG